UGCUGCCCCGGCCCGGUGCUGCUGCUGCUACUUCCCCCCGGGGUGUCAAAUGGCCGCACUGAGCGCGGCGCGGGCGGCAGUUUUCACGGGGGUGGGAGGAGACGCCCAAGUCCUGAGGACCUCGCAGCCUCCAGGACACCGAGAGCCUCCCGCGCCCGCGCCGCGCCGUGGGGGCGAAUGUGGCUCCCGGCCCUCUCUGCAGCGCCGCUGCUGCCCGCUCACCCGCCCCCCCUGCGGGAGGCACCUGGGUCUUGGCGCUGACCGCGGCGAAGCGCCCCGGAGCAGGGGAUGGGACCAGGGCCGGCUCCAGGCACCAGCUUCUCAAGCAGGUGCUUGGGGCGGCCGCUCCGGAGAGGGGCGGCACGUCCAGUUAAAAAGAAGAGACUAACAUGGUUGAAAACUCUCCAGCCCCAUUGCCUGAAAGAGCAAUAUAUGGGUUUGUUCUUUUCUUAGGCUCCCAGUUUGGCUUUAUGUUAUACCUUGUAUGGGCGUAUGUUCCUGAAUCUUGGUUAUUCUCAUUGGGACUAACAUACUGGCCUCAAAAGUACUGGGCAGUUGCUUUGCCUGUAUACCUUCUAGUUACUUUAGGAAUUGGCUAUAUACUACUCUUUGGUAUUAACAUGAUGAGUACUGCUCCACUUAACUCCAUGCACACCAUUACAGAUAACUUUGCAAAAAAUCAGCAGCAGAAGAAAUCUCAAGAAGAAGCAAUCCCUGCAUUGAGGGAUAUUCCCAUUAGUGAAGUAAACCAAAUGUUUUUCCUUGCUGACAAAGGCAUUUGUAACAGAAAUUAAUUGGAACCAGACCCUGUUAGAAUAAGACACUACAGUACUUCAAUAAUUUUUUAGAAACCCAUUGUAAGAAAAGUCAGAGGCUUGUCAGUGCUAAGAAAUCUAACUCAACAACUGGAAUAGAUGAAUUUGUAUCUAAAUUAAGCUGUGGUCAACACUGGUUCACCUUGUGUGGCAUAGAGUACUGAACCGGGACUCAGAAGAUAUGGGUUCUAUUCCCAGCUCUGCUACUAGCCUGCUGGGUGACCUUGAGCAAGUCACUUCACCACUCUGCUUUGAUUUCCCCAUCUGUACUAUGCAUAUGAUACUGACCUUUAUAAAGUGCGUUGAGAUCUACUGAUAAGUGUUAAUUAAGAGCUAUGUAUUAUUAUUUAUUAUUAAACAAAUUGAUGAUUGUUAAAAUGGUUUUAUUUCUUAAUGUAGAGAGACCUACAGUAUUAAAUAACAAAAUACUUCAUUCUGGGAACUGAAUUCUUCCAUAUAAAUUUGUUUAGCUAUGCUCUGGAUCUGAAGUAAUCUGUUCAGUUACCCCUAGAUUUUCUUUUUCUUGCGCAUUGAGAGUGGGAUAUUCCAAAGCAUUUAAUGUUUGGCUUAAUUCUACUCUCAUUGACUUCAGUGGGAGCAGAGUUAGGCCAACACUGAGUGCUCUUAAAUAUCCCACCCUUUUUUUGACCAGUCAUAGUAAAUUAAAGUGUAUGCAUUGUGACUGUACAGUAAUAUUAAUAAAAUGUUUUAAUUGUCUAAAA